CAGUUCCGUUGACUGGGGUGCUUCAUGAGACUUCUGUGCAAGUAUAAAUGGAGGCAGGUGAGACGCCCCUCACAGACAGCAGCUCUGCACUGAAGGAAUUGCCCUCAGCUCUCCCCAGCCCUGCAGCUGACACCAAGGCUGUCACCCAGUUCCUAGAGGAAGAAAUUCAGACUCUAGAAGUCCUCCUGAGAUGGGAAAAAUCAUCCUUUAUGACCGUGCCAACUUCCAGGGUUUGUCCAAAGAAUUCACCUCUGAUAUUGCCAAUCUAAGAGAUGCAGAUUGGAAUGAUCUUGCCUCCUCAGCUAAAGUAAUUGGCCAGCCUUGGGUGCUUUAUGAGCAUUCAAACUAUGGAGGCCGAUUUCUGGUACUUGAGGAAGGAGACCAUAGCUUUUUUGGUUCAAAGAUGAAUAAUACAAUCAGCUCUCUGCAGAUGAUCACUGAUGAUCUGAGCAAUCCUGAGAUCACUCUCUAUGAGCAUCCCAACUAUCAAGGGAAGAGCAAGGUAGUAACAGAAGCAACUAACCUGGCUGCAGGACACGACAAUGACAUCAUGUCUUCCCACAAAGUCCAGAGAGGUGCCUGGCUGCUGUGUGAAAAUAGUGAUGGAAGUGGAAUCCAAUAUGUUGCUCGAGAACGUGAAAACCUUCCAAAUUACAAGGCAAUCAAUCUCAAUAACAAGCUUUCCUUCCUGCGUCCCCUUCGUGCUGGCCGUUCUUAUUAGAAUGCAAAUCCUCCAAAGCUGAGGAAAGAUGCAGCCCUGGCAAGAAAUUUGAGACCUAGAUCUCUGCCUCUGCUUUUGUCAUGUUGUGAUUUUUUUUACAUGGCUUUUGCUAUUGUCUCUAACCAAUUUUGUUGGUGCCAUUAAAGAAGCUU